AGGGCAGAGAACCAUUUUCUCAGGCUCCGAUGAGGAAGGUUUAGGGGAGCUGUGCAGGUGGUUGUAUUAUAUAUUGGGCUGGGUUGGGGUUACAGCUGCUUUUGAGCUGAAGAGAGUGUUGAUGUGUCUGUUUCCCAGCCUACCUGAGGGUUGGCCUCUCUUGCUGGCUGGGUCUUUUCUGUCUCUAGCUGUCUCCUCCUCUCCCCAUCUGACACUUUCUGGCUUGCUUUGUUUGGCAUUAUCCCUCUUUAACUACUUCUCAGCCACGGUCCCCUGCGGCCUGAAUCCCUAAGGAAUGCUGCUGCUGCAGAAUGCUAGGAGAUUUGUGGAUCUGAAUGCAAAGCAAACCACCUGCAUCGCCCAACCAUGACAGCCUAGCCGUGGGGUGAGAGAUGGAACGCUUCACUGACUCUGGAACUCAAACGGAUGCGGUGGUGGUGCUGUCCCUGGCACAGGCUGCUGUCUUGGGCUUGGUGUCCGAGAACGAGCUCUUUGGCGCAACCAUCAGCCCCGGAGGCUUCUUUCCGGGACUAGGAAAUGAGCUUGCAGACACUGCCGCGGUGGAACCAGAAGAUCCGGAAAGCGCUUACAGGCUGGAGAAGGAAGGCUGCGUCCCAGCCGAGGCACCGGAGGAGGAGGAGCUGGAGGCAGAAACUCCAUUUGAAAAACAUACUCGGAGGAGGAAGCGGCCCCCGGUGAGGCUGAUGCCCAAGGUCAAGUAUGAAAACCCUGCAGGUGCGGAGGAGGUGGUGGUGUACAAAGUGCCCGGCCCUGGCGACAGCAAGGAGGAGAUGCAGAGCAGCCACCCACCCAGCUUCGAGGAGUCCGGCUGUGAGAAGACCGUGCAGAGCAGCGCCAUGAAGAUGAUUGACCUCAGUGCUUUUGGCAGGAAGCCUCGGCGCCUGCGGCAUCUGCGCAGACACAUGCAGCAGGAGGUGGGCCUGGGGAGUUGCGAGCACAGGUGUCCAGACCCCGUCCAGCUCAGUUACACUGAGGCCAGCAUGGGCGGGGCUCCGGCAGGCACAGGGCCAGAGGCCCUCAGAAGCGAGUGCAGCUUUGCGGCAAACGCUGCGUCUCUGGAGGGGCCUAUGCCGGAGUCGCCAGAGCAGAGGAAGAGCGAGCAGGGCUUUGCGUGGCAGGAGCCAGCGGAUUUUGAUGCAGACACGGCUGGAGUCAACACUGAGCGCAACAAAAAGGCCCAGCUGGACCGGCUGGACAUCAACGUGCAGAUCGAUGACUCCUACCUGGUGGAGGCAGGGGACCGCCAGAAGCGCUGGCAGUGCCGCAUGUGCGAGAAAUCCUACACCUCCAAGUACAACCUGGUGACGCACAUCCUGGGCCAUAACGGCAUCAAGCCCCACUCCUGCCCGCACUGCAGCAAGCUCUUCAAGCAGCCCAGCCAUCUGCAGACGCACCUCCUGACGCACCAGGGCACGCGGCCGCACAAGUGCGACGUGUGCAGCAAAGCCUUCACACAGACCAGCCACCUGAAGAGGCACAUGCUGCUGCACAGCGACAUCAAGCCGUACAGCUGCCACUUCUGCGGGCGGGGCUUCGCCUAUCCCAGCGAGCUGAAGGCCCACGAGGUGAAGCACGAGAACGGGCGCUGCCAUGUGUGUGUGGAGUGUGGGCUGGACUUCUCCACGCUGACACAGCUCAAGCGCCACCUCUCCACACACCAGGGGCCCACGCUCUACCAGUGCCUGGAGUGCAGCAAGUCCUUCCACUACCGCAGCCAGCUGCAGAACCACAUGCUGAAGCACCAGAACGUCCGGCCCUUCGUCUGCACCGAGUGCGGCAUGGAAUUCAGCCAGAUCCACCACCUCAAGCAACACUCGCUCACGCACAAGGGUGUGAAAGAAUUCAAGUGUGAGGUGUGUGGGCGUGAGUUCACCCUGCAGGCCAACAUGAAGCGGCACAUGCUCAUACACACCAGCGUCCGUCCAUACCAGUGUCACAUCUGCUUCAAGACCUUUGUGCAGAAGCAGACCCUCAAGACCCAUAUGAUCGUGCACUCGCCGGUGAAGCCAUUCAAAUGCAAGGUUUGUGGGAAGUCCUUCAACCGCAUGUACAACCUGCUGGGACACAUGCAUCUGCAUGCAGGGAGCAAACCCUUCAAAUGCCCCUACUGCUCCAGCAAGUUCAACCUGAAAGGCAACCUGAGCCGGCACAUGAAGGUCAAACAUGGGGUCAUGGACAUCAGCCUGGAUAGCCAAGAUCCCAUGAUGGAACUGACCAGGGCAGAGCACACGGAGCUGGAUGCCCAGCAGGAAAUGGAGGAGUAUGAGGAGGAGAACACCUAUGAUUACACAGGGGUGGGCAACCCGCCGGCUGAAAACGCACUGACAGAGCAGGCUAUGAAGGAAAUGGCCUAUUACAAUGUGUUGUAGCUGAGAGACGGGGACCAGGCCCAG